AUAAGAAAUGGACAAAUGGAGGAGCGAGCGAGCUGGAGGUAGUUCAGCUACAGGAGCGGAGCAAUGCCGAAGUCAAAGGAACUUGUUUCUUCAAGCUCUUCUGGCAGUGAUUCUGACAGUGAAGUUGACAAAAAGUUAAAGAGGAAAAAGCAAGUUGCUCCAGAAAAACCUGUAAAGAAGCAAAAGACUGGUGAAACAUCAAGAGCCCUGUCAUCUUCUAAGCAGAGCAGCAACAGCAGAGAUGACUACAUGUUUCAGAUUGGGAAAAUGAGGUAUGUCAGUGUUCGGGAUUUUAAAGGGAAAGUCUUAAUUGAUAUUAGAGAAUACUGGAUGGAUCCGGAAGGUGAAAUGAAACCAGGAAGGAAAGGUAUUUCUUUAAAUCCUGAGCAGUGGAACCAGCUGAAGGAACAGAUUUCUGACAUUGAUGGUGCAGUAAGAAAACUGUAAAAUCAGAGCCACGUAAAACCUGUACUGUUCUAGUUGUUUAAAUCUGUCUUUUUACAUUGGCUUUUGUUUUCUAAACAUUGUUUUCCAAGCUAUUGUAUAUUGGGAUUGCAGAACAAUUUGUAAGAUGAAUACUUUUUUUUAAAUGCGCAUUAUUAAAAAUGUUCUGAGUGAAGCUAAUUGUCAGUUUUAUUAAGGAGGAUUGCUUUUGUGUCCACCACCUAGUGUAAAAUAAAAUCAAGUAAUACAAUCUUAACUGUCACGGCCUUCUUUGAUCAGAAAAGUUGGUACUAUUUAAGGCCAAAAGUAACAGUUUAUCGACCUUUUAGUUUCAACUCAGCUUUUACGUUCAAAAGGAUUAGCAUCACAUUGAAUUUAGAAAAUGUUGGUUUGUGAAAUUCAUGGUUGAUCUGUUUCGUUCUAGUCAAAUAUCUGGACUUGUUUGAUUUUUUUUCUUUUUCCCCCACCC